GUGUUUAAUUUGUAUUCAAUUCACGCUUGAUUAUUUUAAUCAAAGUGGUAUUAAAAAACGGAAAAAUGAAAAAUUUGUCAUCUUCUAAUUCUCUUCAUAACAGCGACAUUUUAAGCGAUAACAUUUUUCAGCAUGGAUUUACAACGACAGCUAAUAACUCUGGAAUAUCUAGCAGACCCGAGCGAGAUCAACAAUUAGCCUGGAUUGAAAUUGCGGUUCUUGGAAUUAUUUUCUUUACCGCCUCAAUCGGCAAUUCGGUUCUUGUUAUGGUGCUCUGGAGGAAAAGAAAAAGGAUGUCUAGGAUGUACGUUUUCAUGAUGCACCUCAGUAUUGCUGAUUUGGUAGUGGCAGGCUUUCAGGUUCUUCCUCAGCUUAUCUGGGACAUAACGGACAUCUUUCUGGGACCCGAUUUUCUGUGCAGAGUCGUCAAAUACUUGCAACUCGUCGGGAUGUUUGCUUCGACAUACAUGACUGUUGCAAUGACUGUUGACAGGUUUCAAGCAGUUUGUUACCCAAUGGUGACUUUCCAGAAGAAAAGGGCUUUCUGGAAUGCAGCUAUUUGUUCUAGCUGGUGUAUAGCUUUUAUUUUUAGCCUGCCACAAGUGUUCAUAUUCUCUAAAACGGAAAUCUCUCCUGGAGUCAAUGAAUGCUGGGCUCAAUUCAUAACUCCCUGGGGUUUAGAGGCUUACGUUACAUGGGUAUUCACAGUUAUAUUCUUUAUUCCCACUAUUAUACUCAUUAUUUGUCAAGUUCAGAUAUGCCGAAUACUUCAAAUGAACAUACACGCCAAAACGCACGGGGAUAUACUCAGACAUAACCAGAUGCAGGUGAUUCCUUCCAGAGCUAGCAAUUUCAACUGUUUCUCCAAAGCAAUGAUCAAAACGGUAAAGAUGACGAUUAUAACUGUAGUGGUGUAUAUUCUCUGUUGGGCUCCUUUCUUCGUUGUGCAACUGUGGUCUGUUUGGUUUCCAAGCGCAAUAACAGAAGGUUCUGUGUUUACAAUCAUCAUGCUCCUGGGAAAUCUUAACAGCUGUGCGAAUCCUUGGAUUUACAUGUAUUUCUGUGGCCACAUACCAUGUUGCAAAAAGCACCAAGGCAGCAGCUCAAUCCGGGAAGAUUCUGUGAUAACUGCCAGCAUCCACAUCGGAGACAAAGGCCCUACAGACCAUUCCACAUCGCUGUAGACAUUUCUGGUGUGGUGUGCCUUACUGUGUCAUCAGGAAAUCUUUCACCCAGUGAGGCCCACAGCCUAUGCUGCAGGCUCUGUGGGGCUCACUCUGUGAAAAAUCGCAGAUGCCUCUAACAAGUGCACGUUUUUUGUAAGUUUGAACAUUAUAGCAUUAAACCCAAUUCGCUUAGCAUCUGGCAAUUCCAGACAAUAGAUAUAAAAAAUAAGUAACUGGCUAGUCCUAUUGGUUUCAAACAUGGCUGUAAUAUUGCUGAUUUUAAUUCAUUUUUAAGAGUGGGUAUGAAAUUACUGACAAUGUAAUUAGUUAAUUGUUUUAAUUGGAAAAAUAAUUACAAAUUGGAAACAGAAUCUGUUAGAGGUAUGAAAUAUACACACUACAGUACUACAAUUCAGUUUCAGAAUACUAGUUUAGGUUGUAUUUUUCAAAUUUCAGAUAAAAUCAUUCUAAAUGUUUUUCUAAAGUACAGUGUUCUGCAGAUCUAGUAUAUUAAAGUAGUCUACUUAAGUUUGCAAAAAUAGAAAAUAACUAAAAGUACCUACAGUAGUUUGUAACAUAGUGCAAGUAUGUUACUCCAGACUUAUUUACAAAAAUGCAAGGUGAUGGGUCUUUGUUAUUAAGAAAGUCCCAGUGAAUACAUUUUUGAGGUUUAGUUAUUAUUCUUUUGAAGAUGAUGUUGAGAGGUAGCGUGCUGUUUCACUGUACAGUAUGUUUCUUUUACACUAAAUACAUUGUUGGCUCUCCAUACAGUACUGUAUAUAUGUAUUAUAAACCUUGUGAAUUUGUUGUAUCACUGUUUUAUUGCAGAUGUAAAUGGCAUUAUAUUGAAAUAUGACAUUGUUAGACAUGUUUUAAAAUGAAAUUAUUUCAUUUCUGCCAGUGAUUUACAGUUAUGUUUUGCACUUUGUGAUGUGAAUUGAGAAAAAAGUGUCACACUAAGAAAGCUUGCAGGUGUACUAUAUUUGAAUAAUAUCGCUCUACAUUUUUGCUGUAACCUUUUUGGAAAUGUUUUGCAUUUUGUUGUUUCACAGUGAUCUGCCACAUAUAUAUUUUAGCUUUUAAUGUCCAGUUUUAAAUGCCUUGAUAUAACAUCUGUCUGGAUUACAAUGACAUUGGCCUUCAUUAAAGCUGUUUGUACUCCUGUAAUUCUUAAGCUGUACAAAUACCUUCAGAAUGUUAACAAAAUAGUGAAAACAAUGUAUAAAAUGACACAUAUUGUAACUUAUUUUGUUUAGCUUUUCUUAUGGGCAUGGAAAAUGUGUGAAAAAGACCGUAUUCAUUGCUAUAAAAAUAACAAAAACCUGACAUAAAUAUCUGCUUUUGAUUUAAUCUAAAAUGCAUGAUCUGGAAAACUAAUUUUUAGUAUUCAUUAUUCACAUAUUGUGAAUGUGGAAACACAUUUUUUAUUGAUAUAUCAUUAGUAAAGCAAAAAUAUUUUUGCUACAACUUUGUGUGUGGACAGCCUAUGUGAAACUGCAAAACAAAUGAAAUACUGUAACAUAGCAAAUUAUCCUAAAAUAAGCUAUUAAUUCAUUAUAGAAGUCUUUUCUGUUUUAUCUUUGUAUAAUCAUUAAAACAGUCCCUUUGUUACAUACCAAAAGAUCAAGAUAAUUUGAAUUAAAUGAAAACAUCUAAUGUAUUAUAAUUCUAAAACCUGAAAUGUUUCUGCUUAAAUUUGUAUGUUUCCAGCUGCGCUGCCUGUAAUGUUCUACUCAUCUCCAUGUUUUACAAUAUAAGGUGGAUGUACUGUAUAAGACAAGUAUAGAUUAUUAUUCACACAGUGAAAAAUUCAGUAUUUCAAUAGCUGAUAAAAUAAAGUUUAC